UCAGAGGUCGUACGUGGAGGGUGUGCGUCUCUAGAGCUCCCGAACCUCGCCCACGUGGCCAGAUCAGCUGAUAUUUUUUGUUGACAUUUUUAUCAUUAGCGAAAUUGUUGUUUUUGUUGUUGUUUUUUGUUGUUUUGUUGUGAGUUCUAGUGUUUUUUUGCGUUUUAAGGAGAAAAUUGUUUGAAAGGAUGCAGCUGCUGUUCCCUGCUGUUCUGCUGCUGCUGCUGCUGUUAAACGCGGCUCCCCAGGCGGCGCGGGCAGAGGUGAUUCCGGAUAACAUUGCCAUGCCCCAAGAACACGCCCAUAGGUUCAUCCUGCCCGCCCCUGGCCUGAGGCGCCGCCCACAGCCACCCACACACCCCCGCCCACCCUCUCCCAACCCACUCUCUUCAAAUCACCUAGGAACCCCCGGGGACAGCGUGCUACCCCAGGGACCCGGCGAGGGCGUGGCCAGGCUGGUGGGUUUGGACGUGGCUUGCAACCCCGAUUAUAUGACCGUUAAUCUCGCGUUCGAUUCUGUGUUUAGCGGAAUUGUUUACGCUAAGGGUCAUUACAGCGAGACGGAGUGCGUGUACCUCCACCCCGGGGCAGGCGUGGGCGUGGCGGGGCGUGGCGUGGAGUUCGUGGUGGGGGCGGGGCGGUGCGGGGCCCAGCUGGUGGAGCCCCGGGACGCGGCUCCUUACCUCGAGACUGUCCUUGUUAUCCAGAACCAGCCAGGCAUUCAGGAGGUGUGGGACAGUGCACGGGGCGUCAGGUGUGUAUUUGAGGCAGGUUUGGGCGCGAGGAGCAUGGGAAGUCGACGGGUGAGCGCUGCAUUGAACGUCGACUUGAUGGAGCAGAAGAUGGUGACGUUUUCGGCGCACACUACAGCUUCGGCUAAUUUGGAUGUCCAGGUGGGUCGUGGUCCCUUCGCCCGGAGCGCCGCUGGGAUGGUGCGUAUAGGUGAGCUGAUGACGAUGGUAGUGGGUGUGGAGGGCCCUGAUAACACCGACAUCCAGGUGCGGGAGUGUGUGGCCAGGGACGGGUCAGGGCGCUCCUCUUACGCCCUCACUGAUAAGGACGGGUGUGUGCUGGGGAGUCGCAGGAAGGUGCUGGGGCCGUGGCAGAAGACCAGGAACACGGGGAAGGGAGAGAUGCCCGUCAUGGCGUUCUCUCAUUUCCAGGCCUUCAAGUUUCCAGAUGAGAAUGACGUCUAUUUGGAAUGUGAGGUGGACCUGUGCGUGGAGGAAUGUGCUGUUUGUCCACAAGGAGAGCCAUCCAGGAGAAGAAGAGCGACGGUGCAGAGGGAGGAGGAAGACCAGGAGGAGGGAAGUGAGGAAGGAGGAAGGAGGAGUAAUAGCGUAGGAGGGCGUAGCGAGCGGAACGGAACGGUGACAACAGAAGGAGUGAAGUUAGCGAGAAGGUUGCAGGUUAUAUCCCCAGAGGACUUCUCGAUCGUUAAGGACACCCCCAUCACCCUCGUCAGUAAAGGCGCAGACGAGGCCCGCCCUACUGCAGGAGGCGGCGACGGGUCCAUCUGCUUCACUUCCUGGGGCUUCGCGGCGUGUCUGGUGGCGGUGGUGGUGGUGCUGGUGGUGGGCUCCUCCGUGACCGCCCUCGUGUGUGUCAAAGUCCGCACUAUCCCCUCCACGGCCUCCACCUUCCCCCCCGACUCCUCCUUCCACGCCUUCAGUACUGUGUCGGGCAAGACUGGCUGAGGUGGUGGUGGUGGUGGUGGUUGAGGUGGUGAUGGUGGUGGUAGCUGUAUAAAAUGAAGAAUAAGGGGAAAAAUAGCGAUGAUAAUAAGAAAAAAU